AUGCGUCAAAUUGUAACCUUCCUUUGGUUUUUAACUAUUAUUUGCUCAACUUUUAAUAUUCGGGAUGUUAAUGCUAAAGAACCUCCUGCGACCUUGCAAAUUGGAAUUAAAUAUCGUAUACCUGAAGGUUCCUGCUAUAAAAUGACCAAGGAUGGCGACUCAAUAUCCGUUCAUUACACAGGUUUUCUAUUCGAAGAUGGAAAAGAAUUCGAUUCUAGUCUUCCUCGUGGUGAACCUUUUACUUUCACUUUAGGCGUUGGACAAGUUAUUAAAGGUUGGGAUCAAGGUUUGAGAGGAAUGUGUAUCGGCGAAAAACGUAAAUUGAUCAUUCCUUCUCAUCUUGCUUACGGAACCAGAGGAAGUCCCCCGGUUAUUCCUG